CCUACACAUUUCACUCCUACCAAGUUUCAAGCAGUAGCUUUAUUUGAGAGUAGCACCCCAAAGAAGAAAAAAAUUGUUGCAAAAUCACCAUAUUCAUUUUCUGUAUGUAUUAGUAAGAGAAUUGUAUUGAGCUUCCAAAAUCCAAAAUACUUUACAACCUUUUUAUUUUUUGGCAACAAAUAUCAAGAGAAUAGAGGAACUUUUUAGGUAUCCCUACAUCUCAAAAGGUUUCCGAUCAAACUCUUGUUUAUUCUACUGUACUUUUCCUCAAAAAUAAGACCUAAUCUAGUCUUCACUAUAAACCAACAUCUUCCUAGAAGGCUAAAAGAGUUUCGGUAAACAAGAAUGUGGGAGGGGGGAAUUGGAGAAAUGAGGCAAGAUACGGAGGACAUCCUAGUCCAGGAAGGUGCACUUUCACAUCAACUUGGAUCUCUACCUCUACCGCUACCAUCAACGGUCAUUGGAGCUCCACCUCAAUAUAUUUUACCUGAACCAGAUACAAGAAGCAUGGAAUUCUUGCUAUAUGGCGUAAGACUUUAUCAGGCAGCCAUGAGAGGUGAUUGGUCGACUGUCAACAUGAUCAAUGUUCAAUCUCCUUCUUGGAUUGACCAAAAGAUCACAAAAGGCGGAGAAACAGCGCUACAUAUUGCAGCGGCAGCAAAACAUGUUGAGUUUGUUACGAAGCUAGUUCACAUUAUGUCAACCAAUUCUCUAGCUCUGACUAACAAUGUCGGAAAUACAGCACUUUGUUUCGCUGCCGUUUCUGGUGUUGUUGAGAUUGCUAAAGUUAUGGUGGAGAAAAACCAAGAAUUGCCAAAUAUCAGAGGAACUCAAGGGAUGACUCCACUUUACAUGGCUGUAUUGCUAGGCCACCGCCAAAUGGUAUGGUAUCUACUUGAUGUUACUGAUGAACAGCAAUUGACAGACCAAGAUCGCGUUGGAUUACUUACCAGUUCAAUCAACACUGAUAUGUUUGAUGUGGCAUUGUUUAUUCUAAGCAAGGAUUCCAAGCUAGCCUAUUUACGAGAUGCAAAGAAAGAGACUGCGUUGCAUGCGUUGGCUCGUAAACCUCUUAAACCUGUGGCCGACCAUCAACUGAGCAUUUGGAAGAGCUUCUCUAUGAAAUGCGGUAGCAUAAAUGAAGAAAAAAGGUUGGAGCCACAACUUGCAAUUCAACUCACACAUUGCCUUUGGAACGAAGUCAUCAAACUGAAAGAAGAGGAUAUAUCUAACUUGAUAGGCUAUCCUUGGAGGUUGCUGUUUGUUGCAGCAAAAUUGGGGAAGGUUGAAUUCUUAACAACUUUGAUCCGAUCUUAUCCUGAUCUGAUAUGGAAGGUAGACGAAAACAGGCGUACUAUAUUCCACAUUGCUAUCAUGCAUCGUCAUGAGGAAAUUUUUCAACUCAUAUAUGAGAUUGGAGCAAUCAAGGACUUAGUAGCUACUUUUAAAGAUGAUCAUGGAAAUAACAUGCUACAUUUGGCUAGCAAGUUAGCACCACCCCAUCGGCUUAACUCUAUUUCAGGAGCGGCUUUGCAAAUGCAACGCGAAAUAUUAUGGUUCAAGGCAGUGAGAAAGGUUGUGCGACCGGAGUAUGCUGAAGCUGAAAAUGAGAACCAAAAAACUCCUCAUGCCUUAUUCAGUGAAGAACAUGAAGGAUUAAGGGUCAAAGGAGAAGAAUGGAUGAAGAAGACUGCUGAAUCAUGUGCGUUAGUCGGUACCCUUAUAGCUACAGUGGUAUUUUCAUCUGCCUUCCAACUACCUGGAGGUGUUAAUGACAAAGGUAGUACUGUCUUACUAAGGGAACCAUCGUUUGUAGUAUUUGCCACAUCGAAUGCAGUAUCGUUGUUCACCUCUACAGCUUCCGUACUGAUGUUUCUGUCUAUCCUCACCUCACGUUAUGCAGAGAGUGACUUUGUCAUCUCGCUUCCCACGAAGCUCGUACUGGGGCUCACCUUACUGUUUGUCUCCAUAGCAACUAUGAUAAUAGCUUUCACUGCUACGUUCUUCAUAACAUUCCGUGAAGGUAUUAUUUGGGCUCCUGUUCCUAUUGCCUUGAUCGCUUUUGUUCCGGUUGCCCUUUUUGUCCUCCAGCAAUACCCGCUUUUGGUAGACAUAUAUCGCUCAACCAACAAAUCUCAUCGGUUCCUAGUAGAGUCAAGCAAAACAAAGCUUUUCAAUAUCUCUACCCAGUAUGAUUUUUCUCCUCCUGAGCAUUCUCCAGCUAAGAUCCACCCAAUACCCUCAUUUAGCUUUUUCAUCCCUCGACGCAACUCUUCACAUCGUCCUACGCCUUCACAGAUAGUAGCGCCUUGUGCAACAGAACAAAAUACUCCUAGAUUUUAUCCCCUGGAUGAAUUGUCUUCAGAAACAGUCCCCUGAACUCUUGAAACAUUGGCGGGCCAUAUAAUGAUAUCAACUUGAUGCACAAUCAGAAAAGUUCUACUCAUUUCGUUUAGUCAUUCUUUAUAUUUAUCAAUUGAACUAUUCUUAACCCUGAAAAAUUAGUGUCAUAACUCAAUAAAUAUUGUAUAAUUCUGUUCUGAUUAGGCAAACAGGUAAUUGUGUUGCUAUGCUAAAGAUCUAGGAUAUUUGUCAUUUGAUUAUGUAUGCAUCAAGUAUCCAUGUCACGUGAUUAGAAAUGUAUGCUGCUAAAUUCCUUUUACAGAUAAUCAUCCUCUUCCCAUUGCAUGGC